AUGGCAGAGCGCGAGGCAAUGGAGGAAGAGGCGGUGAAACCUGAUGCGAGCGACGGCGCGGAGGAGCCGGAUAAGGCAUGUGCGCCGGCGGGCAGAGAGUUGAGGCCGAGGAAGAAUCUUAAACCGCCGGAGAUGUACCGUGACUUUGCCCCCAAAGUAGAAGAGAAAAAACCUGGGAAUGGGAAAUCCUAUUAUUGGAUUCACGUUGGAGAAGCUCGCAUCGGAGAAGAAAUCGGCGGCGGAGGGAGGUUUAUCGGCGUCGGAGAUAGGCGGAUGCGGCCGCACAAUCACCAGGUCGUCAAGUGCCCUCGCUGCGACUCGCUCAACACCAAAUUCUGCUACUACAACCUCUCGCAGCCGCGCCACUUCUGCAAGAGCUGCCGCCGCUACUGGACCAAAGGCGGCGUCCUCCGCAAUGUCCCCAUCGGCGGCGGCUCCCACAAAACCAAGCACUCCAAGCCUAAAACCAAUGCCGCCUCCUCCUCCUCCGCCGCCGCCGCCGCCGCCGAAGACGCAGAGGAAAAAUCCACCGCGCAGAGCUCCAGCCUCACCACCUCCGCCGCCGCAGUCGCAACCGCAACCGCUCCUCCUACAUCCUCCGCCGCGGAACCGAUCCACACCACGCCGGAUUCCGCCGUGAUGUACAAUUUCGCCGACGUGAGCUUCUCCAACGUGAAUCCAAUCGCAAACCCUAGCCUCGAUCAGCAGCCGGCGGCGGCGGAACAUAUCUUCGCGGCGGCGGAGUAA